AGUCGAGUCAAGUCGAGUGUAGCCGGGGCACCGCCGCCGCCCCGCGCCACUCCCGCGCCGACCGCCGCGCACUGCGCACGCCCGUCUCAUAUCACUCACGACAAGUCUCUGAAAGUGAUCGGUUCCUUCGUGUUUCGUGAAAACAAAUCGAUUGUUUACAACUCAAUUGUAAAAACUAGUGCCACAUACAGAAUCUUAAGUUUUACUUACAGGAAUUUAGUGAACGUUUUCUCCGAACAAGUGCAUUGAGUAAGUGUGGAGAGGGCUGCAUUCCAAACCGGUGUCGUUCUUUAACGGACGAGGUGCGUACUCGCGAGUGUACCGGCGCGGACGUUCUCCUGAGCGGCGCGGACGUGAUGUAACCGCGGCCCGUCAGUGAGCAUGGCCCGCGGCGCGCCCAGCGCCAGCGAGCGCAGCAGCCUGGAGCCCGCCGCCGCCGCCGCCGCCGCCGCCCGGCCCGGCCUGCGCGUGCGCUUCCUGGACGAGGAGGGCAACACGGAGCGCCUCGUCAGCGCCGACGAGCUGGACUCCAGCGUCGCGCGCGUCAAGAAGGUCUACUUCCAGAAGAACCGCAGCUCGAGCGAGACGAGCCUGCUGCUGCGCCACCCCUCGCUGCCGCGGCGCCGGCCCAGCGCCGAGCGCCGCCGCAGCGACCCGCACGCCGACACCCUCAACAACAACUCGCAGAGCGAGAACCUGAACAAUGGCAUCGCCAUCCUCAAGUUCAGCGAGCUGGACAGAGAAAAGACUGAGCCCGAACAGACCAAAGAGACGAACGGACACUACAAAAAGAACAGCAACGUGUACAGUGUCAACCAGGCGAAGACGCUGACGGCGGAGAGGAAGAAGUCGGCCCCGGCAGUGAAAGCGGGCGGGGGCCGCGCGGGGGGUGGGGCGCGGUCGUGCCUGCCUGCGGAGGGCAGCCUGGCGGAGGCGGCGCCCGGGAAGGACUUCACCCUGCGCGCGCUGGGCCGGCUGUCGCGCGGGCUGGGCCGCCUGCUGCGCCGCUCCAACAGCGUGCGCAUCAGCGACCCCGACCCCGUCUACAAGGUGGCCUACCUCGGCAACGUGCUCACCGGCUGGGCCAGAGGUGAGAGCUGCAUCGAGAAGCCGCUGGCGACGCUGUGGCGCAACUACCAGCAGUCCAGCAAGCCCGACGUGGUCAUGAAGCUGUCCGUGACCAACUCGGGGCUGAAGGGGUUCACCAAGGAGCACGGGCUGACGGAGUACUGGGCGCACCGCGUGACGUACUGCGCCGCGCCGCCGCAGCAGCCGCGCCUGCUGGUGUGGGUGUACCGCCACGAGGGCAAGAAGCUCAAGCACGAGCUGCGCUGCCACGCGGCGCUGUGCCGGACCGAGGCGGCCGCGCGCGCCGCCGCCGCCGACCUCGCCGCGCGCCUGCGCACCGCGCUCAGCGAGUUCAAGAAGGACCGCAUCAGCAAGCAGAACGCGCGCCUCAGCCUCGCCAACAGCGUGUACGACAACCCCAGCAUGCCGCGCCGCAAGAUCCUGCUGAGCGUGGGCGCCGCCAACUACCGCCCGCCGCUCGAGCGCUCCAAGUCUGCGCCCAAGCUGCAGGCCAUCGAGGAGCUGUGCUCCGAGGAGGACGAGGAGGAGGCGGCGGCGGGGGCGGGGGCGGGCGCGCGGGGGGCGGGGCUCGGCGGCUCCAGCGGCGACCUGGCGGGCGCGCGGGACCGCCGGCGCCCCGAGCUGUCCCCGCGCAAGCUGUCCUGCCCCGAGGGCAUCAUGGACCGCGCCGGCGGCGACACCGACCACGUGCUCAGCAUGCUGGUGCAGGAGAGCCUGCAGCUGCGCGAGGAGGCGGCGCGCGCGGGGGCCGCGGGGGGCGCGGGGGGCGAGCGCCUGGAGGCUAUCGACGAGGCGGCGGAGCUGGGCGCGGCGGGCGCGCGCUGCCCCUACCUGCUGGCGGACAGCGACGACGGCUCCGUGUCGUCGGGCUGCGAGACCGCCAGCACCGCCGCGUCCGACGGCGAGCCCUCGCUGCCGCCCUACCCCGCGGGCGAGGCGGGGGGCGCGGGGGCCGCGGCGGGGGGGGAGGUCACGCACGAGCCGCUCGGGGAGAAGAGCUUCCGGCGGCGCUGCACGUACCCGCCGCCGGGGGACUUCGAGUCGCUGCUGGACCAGCUCACGGACCUGGACUCGCUGGGCUCGCAGGAUGGCCGCUACUCGCCGCGCGGGCUCACGGGGGACAACGAGAGCGCCUGCAGCGACGAGUCCGGCUACUCCGAGCCGCUGGACGCGCGCGACCAGCCCGUCGCCAGCACCAUCAUGGUCUAGCCGCGCCCGCUCCGCCGGACCACGCCCCGACCCCGCCCCAACUCUCACUCGGCGACACUCGACGAGAGAGUCGAGUGAAAAGUCUUCAAGCUAUAAACGUUACUACCUACGCUAGCUAGUAAUUAGUGUUAUGCUGCGAGCACUUAUUGUCGGGUUCCACCGCACACGCUACUGAACCGUGGAGGACCCUGGAGGGUUCCGUAAUGCACGGGUUCUUAGUAAACUUGAAGGUGAUGUUUAGACGAUUGAUGUAAAUUGAUAAAUAGGAGAGAGUUGCAAUUUAAACCUUAUUUAGUUGAUGUAACAGGGUACAAGAUGUACUUUUAUCCAGUUGUUGUAUUAUUUUUGUAGGACAUUUGUAUAUAGGUAUUGUAUGUUAAGUUGUAUUAUGUCUCGCAUAUUCACAUGAAUAGAGAUUUGUUACAGAUUUUAUAGUAGUUUACGUAUCACAUCGGAUGACCAAAAGAUUUAUUUGCUUGUACAUUUUUAUUAGAGCAUCGUAUAUGUAUAUUGUGUAUUUUGUAUACUUGUAUAUCGCAUGGGUAGUCACCGUGGUCGCUCUAUCCUGUCUCUGGUCGAGUACUUACAUUCCAUCUGUCAUUGUUCCGGUCAUUCACACGUAGAGAGUGAACUAACGACGAAAUAAAACUAUUAAAAACAAAUUAAA